UUCUCCAUCCUUACUAUAAUCGUCUCUCCAAAGUUCCUCUGCACUUGCAGUUGCAAACGUAACGUAGCGGAAGUCGGAGCAUCUUGGAUCGGAACGCAGCGCUUUGGACGCGCCGGCGGAAGAUGACGUCGAACGAACCGGAAAGCCCCGAGCAGCUCGUGGUGUGCCCCAGCUUCAACAGCUACUCCGCCAAUCGGCUCGCCGACGUCGCCCUCGCGGUCGCUCUCGAGGACGAGGACAAGGACGAAGGCCGCGGCGGCUACGGCUUCGGGUCGGAGCCCACUUCUUCGGGUAGUCAUCGGAGCGGCCGCUCGGGGGGCGGCGAUUAUGACGAGGCCCGGGACGACGAUUUCGAGUUCGUCCCGCUCGUCAGGGAGCACGACGAGGUCCUGAUCAACGGCGGCCAGAUCGGUCCCGUCUUCCCGGUGUUCAACCGAGAUCUUCUGUACGUGCACGGCGAUCGGACUUCGGAUGGCGAAGCGAAGGAGGAUCGGGAGAUUCCGUUGGAGGACUUGUUCGCCGGAGAUCGCGACCGCGAUCGCGCGGUGUCUUCGAUAAGGAUUCCGCUGAAGGACCUGUUCGUCGGAGAUCGCGACCCUCCGUCGUCGUCGUCGUCGUCGUCGGAGGCCGACGAGCUGGAAGGGAUACCGGAGGGCAGCUACUGCGUGUGGACUCCGAAGCCGCCGGCGGGGUCGCCUAGCGGGUGCAAGAAGAGCAGCUCGACGGGGUCGUGCUCGAAGCGGUGGAGGUUCCGCGACCUGCUCCGCCGCAGCAACAGCGACGGGAAGGAUUCGUUCGUGUUCUUGACGCCGAGCUCGAGGUCGAGCUCCAUGUCGUCGAGAAGCAGCGACGCGAAGGCCGGAGGGGGGGAAGCGAAGGAGAAGGCGAGCCCGCCGACCGACCAAGCCGUCGCGGUCGCGGUCGCGGAGAGAAGGAGCAAGGUGAAGGCGUCGUCCGCGUCGGCGGCGGCGGCGGCGGCUGCGGCGUCGGCGCACGAGGUGUUCUACGUGCGGAACAGAGCGCUGAAGGAAGGCGGCAAGCGGAGAUCGUAUCUGCCGUACCGGCGAGACCUGGUCGGAUUCUUCGCCAACGUGAACGGAUUGGGGAGGACCUUCCCUCCGUUCUGAGCCUUCCGGCGCAAUUUCGGUUUUUUUUUCUUUUUCUUCCUUUUCGAUUUAUUUAUUAAAUUAAAAUGGAUUUGGUUCACCAAAUGAGGCCUUUUCAGUUAGGAUCUUAUGUACAUAACAUGAAGUUUUGUCUGUUUUAGACUAUUGGAAAUGUAUAAAUAAAGAGUUGAAAUAUAU